AUGGCAUCGGCCCAGGGCAAGACAGCCAUCAUCACCGGCGCGGCCGGCGGCCUCGGCAAGGCCAUUGCCGGCGCCUUUCUUGCCGCCGGAGCCAACGUCGUCAUCUGCGAUGUCCACGCCCAGCGCAUCGCCGCCGUCCUCGUCACGCAGACCGACGUCACCGACGAGGCCGCCGUCGUGGCCCUUGUCGCUGCCGCCGUGGCCAAGUUCGGCCGCGUCGACGUGCUGGUGAACAACGCGGCCAUCAUGGACGACUUUGCGCCCGUGGGCGACUGCUCCAAGGCGAGGUUCCAAGUGCUCAACAUCAACCUCAACGGGCCCUACCUCACAUCUAAAGCAGCCGUCGGCUACUUCCGCGGCUUCACGUCGGGCGCCGCCUACACCGUGUCCAAGGCCGGCGUCAUGGCGCUGACCAAGAAUACGGCUGGCUACUACGGCCCCAAGGGCAUCUACGCCGUCGCCCUGCUGCUAGGCGCCAUGGAGGGCACCAACAUCCGCGACGCCUUCUCCCAGACCCUGCACAUGGACAUGUUCCAGCGCGUCCAGGCCUCGCAGACCCCCUUCGUGCCCAGCCAGGCCGCCGUCCCUGUGGCUGCUGUCGCAAAGUACUGCCUCUUCCUGACCGACGCCGACAUCGCCGCCGGCGCCAACGGGUCGUGCGUCGUCUUUAAUGGCAACUGGCCCGAGGCGUAG